AUGGAAGAAAGCCCUCGUCUCCAGAAAGAGAUAUCCGAUCUUGUUAAUAUCUUAUCCUUGAUUACCAAAAGGGACUCGCGUCUGGAAAAAAGGAAUAGCGAACCACGCCAGUCUGAGAUUGCAUGCUCCGAAGACGACAGAAUCGACCUUAGCAUAGAGGAAGAAGAGGGUGUGGAUGAAGCGGAAUUCGAAGCACCAGAUACUUCUAGGGAGGCAGAAGUUGAUGCUAUAAAACGCAAUACUUUGGAUCGCCUGGCUGAGGUCUUGGCUAGGUUUAAGACGGCCAAUGCCUCCGGGCCACGGGGGAAGCAAAAUUGGGGCGCGAAACAUGUCACCAGUGUGAUUAUGAUGGAGAAUUUGGACGGCAAGUCUGUUACUUUCCUUUGCGCCAAGAAUGAAGGGCUUGAUGGCCGAAUGGCAAGGGUAAAGGAUGAUCAACCAGAACAACUAGAUCAGGUAUUCGAUGCAAUAUUUGAUCAUCAAGGACCCCGCGUGAAGCAUUACUCUACAAUGCUUCGCAAGGCUAUCGAAAGGGCAGAUCACACCGUCGCCCCUCCGAAGACGCUCACGAGCCGUAACGUCAAGGAGGGCCUCUCCCAGGUUACAUCCAGGGACUGGGAAGACGAAAAUGGUCUUCAGUUCAGAUUCCGAGUUGGUGGGGAAGGAGAGGAAUCGAUUUCUGAUAAAUCCGUGGGCUGCCUAUCUGAUCAGGAGGAGGAGAAUCUCGUCCAGGAGGUAUACAGUGAAAUUCGACGUCUUUUUGGGAAUAAUAGACAUGAAUUCCUACCAAUACCUAUGAAGAAUUUCCUGAAAAAGGUCUAUCGUGUCGUUCGACAUCCUCGCCAGCGACCUGCCCUGAAAGGCCUUCUCAGGCAAACGGUGCACAAUGACAAUCGACUAUUCAAGCAGGCCUGGGACUCUGUGCUGUACUUGACUCGGAUUUUCUAUGCAGCCGCCACCUUCAUGGAUCUCGCCACCAAGUUGAGGCCUGUAUCUAUAAAGUUCCAACAGGUCCCUGUGGCCGUAGUCUACAGACCUAGAAUCCCGGAUAGAAGAAGUCCAACCGAAGUCCUAAAGUCUCUUGGCCAUUCUGCUCUACCUCGGACGUGGAGAGACUUCUUCCAAACUUCGGCGAGGGUAGAAAAAUUCAACCGACUGUCCGGCCUAAGAAAAACAGUCCAUGGAGAAGUUCAGCUCAUUCUCCACGUCGAACUUAUGUAUGCUCGAGAAGAACUUAAUGGUAAACAUGGGACCUUCCAGGCCCGUGGGACACACGAGACCCUGUUUCCGUUGUGGGCCUUACCACAGAUCCUCCCGCAACAAUCAUUUCAAAUAUUGCUUCAAUUCACGGAGAUACUCAGAAAAUUCCUACGGAAAAGCCUCAAUCAGCCGUAUCCUCCUCCGCAGAGAGAUCUGCUACGUCAAUCAUCAGCAGCAUUGUCCACAGCAAAAGCAGUGCAAAGGGAAGCACCGACGUAUUCCAUUAGACCAGAGACCUUGAGAAAAUUGAUGCUCGGUCCCGGCGGAGUCUCCGCUAGCGAGCACCAGGUCGAAUUCCUUCCUUCACCAGAAGAACCUGGAUAUGCUACUCUAAUGGGUGGGCUUGAAAAGCAAAAAGCCACACUUGUGCCAGUUGAGGAGGCUGAAAUGGCUAAAAUCAAGCACGAGAGGAGAACAUCGAUGUUUGAACUGAUCGAUGAGAUGCCACACACUAGAUUCCUGGAUCAAAAACCAUGCCGAAGUUGCCCCCGUGCCGCAGAAUAUAGGUGCUCAGCUUGUUGGACAUGGUGUUGCUCUAAAGCUUGUCAAAGACGAAACUGGGCAUUGCAUGUCUUCGUGUGCAGAGUUCCAAACCGGCCGAACGACAUGGACUUCCUUAGAUUAGGUAUCAGGAGAUUCACGAAAAACAUCAACUCUGGAGGUGAAGAACAGUCCCAAGAAUGGCUGCAUGAUGCUAUGAUUUAUAUGCUCGCUGAUGACCACAUCUGCCGGACUUUUGGAUUCAACAGCUGCGAGAAUACGUUGGAUGUACUUAAUCUUGCGUGUCUCUAUAGCACCAUGUUAUUCAGAGUCCACUCGCCUGUUACAUCCUUGCAUAAACAACUGGAAACUGGCAACCUGGGCAACUUCAUGGAGCGAUUUUGUCAACUCGAACGAAGCAUUGCGCAAGUAACCAAUACAGAAGAAUGCGACUGCGUGACUUGGUUUCUGUCGCGUCGAUCGUCAGAAUCACUCCUCAUUCCAAAUGUCGACAAGACCACUUACGACAUCUGGGUUGUCGCCGAGGCUAGAGCCAUCGAGUCGCUCGACUUGGCCCAUAGAUUUGAUAACGGAUACAGACUCAGCAACUCACAGGUAGAUGUUUUUCACCUUUACGUGGCAAAUCCAGCCAACCGUCUGGCUUCUUCCAGAUAUAUAUUCUUCAGCUUGGAUCAAAUUUGGAUUCUGUUACUGCAGGUCGUUCUCACAACGAGCUGA